AUGUAUAUAUUUGUCCUGGCUCGAACGGCCGCGGCCGUGGUCAUCCAAAUCCUUCGCAUGAUGUUAGCUUCCUGGCAUCACUCACGCAAAGCCCGCGCACUGGGAUACGGCACCCUGCCUUUAUUCCCAUGCAACGAUGUCGUCGGUAUUGAUACCUUGAAGCAGUCGCCGGUGGCAGACAAGAAGAAGCUCUUACCCGAGCUUUCUACGCGUCGUAUCGAGAUCAUGAGUGAACAGGAGGGUCGCUACGUCACUAUCUACAUGCUACGCAACCUCGAUCGUGAUUUGGUGUUCACCAUUGAUCCCAAAAACGUCUAG